UGGGGGCUAGGCCCGGCCUGGGCCAGGCGGGGCCGGAGGCUGGGACUACACGUGGAUGAGUCAAUCGAAUAUCUGCCCGCAGAAGACUCCGUCCCCUGGUAGUGCAGUGCGCGAGGGGGCAAACUGCGCGCUGGGUGGGGUAGGGGGCUGCCGGCCUCUGCGUGCGUGCGUGCGUCCGUCCGUCCGUCAGUCCGCCCGGCUGCCCGAUUGCAGAGCCCGCCUGGCUCGGCCGCCGUCGCCACCACCUUCUAACCCGACCUUCCCUUGGUGUCCACUCCCAGCUCCCCUACUCCUAGACCGGCAACAUGGAGUGCCAAGAGAAUCAGUACCGGGACCAGUGGGGACAUUGUGUCACUUGCCAACAGUGUGGCCCUGGCCAGGAGCUCUCCAAGGAAUGUGGCUAUGGGGAAGGAGGAGAUGCCUUCUGUACCCCUUGUCCCCCCCGAAGAUAUAAAAGUGGCUGGGGCCACCAUAGCUGCCAAGCCUGCCUAACUUGUGCUGUCAUCAACCGAGUCCAGAAAGUCAACUGCACUGCCACUUCCAAUGGAGUCUGUGGAGACUGUCUCCCCAGGUUCUACUGUAAGACCCGAAUCGGUGGCCUUCAGGACCAGGAGUGCAUCUCAUGCACCAAGCAGACCCCUGUGUCGGAGGUUCAAUGUGCCUUCCGACUGAGCUCUGUGAAGCUUGAGGUGCCCACGGCACCCCCUCAGGAAGCCACACUCAUGGUGCUAACCAGCAGCCUGCUGAUUGUUUUUGUUCUGGCCCUCAUAUCCUUUGCCAUCAUCUACUGUAAGCGUUUCAUCAAGCGCCAAUUCCGGCAUGGCUUCAUUGGGUCUCCAGACUUUCGGGGACAGAGAGAAAUAUCUCAGGCUUCUGAUUAUGCAGGUCUAUGCCACAGCAGAGAGCUGGGCAUGAAGAAUAUCGGUCCCGUUGUCGAACAAAAUGGAGCCCCCGAGGAUUCGGUUCAGUUUGUGGCUGACAGUCCAGCACCCAGAGCAAAGGAAAGUGAGCAGCUUCAUCAGUUACAGUCCAAUCUUGAGCCUUAUCCCAGGAAACUGGCUUGCAGCACUACUGACGCCGCCCAGGCCCUCAUCCAUACCUGCCCACCUUCGGAGGCCCAAGCCGAUCUGACAGGGCACCCCCUGACACUUCCCUCCUGCGCUUCGGAGACACAGUCGUGCUGGGCCCAUGCCCCCGUUGAAUGCACUGAGCUGGAUCUUCACAAAUUUUCGAGCUGCAGCCCUUACGCCAGUGUGGAAGGGCACCGGGAAGCUGUCAUCUGGGCCACGCCGGGGGGCGCCGGAGAUAGAGUGGGGUUCACCCCUUCCCUGUACCACUUAGAGGGAAAGUCUCCUGCACCAGAUUCUUCCUUUAAGGUCUCUUCGGCCAAUGGUGGCCACACAUCCUGGUAAACUGGCAAGCCGCCUCCUGAAUGGACUUCGAGCUCCAGUAUCGAUGACUUAUUCCAUAUCUGCUCUGCAAGUGGGGGGAUACAGUUGGCUCCCUAGGCUAGUCUUCCCUCCAUUUUCCAAAAACAACUGAUUUAACUGUUUGAAUGAUCUUUCUUGUGUUUGAGCAAGGGGAGCGGGUGCCGCCACCCACGCUACUGGACAUUUCUUGUAUUUUUUUUUUUUAGUAAAUUCCACAAAGGAAUAUAAAGUUAAGAGGAGAGGUCAUGGUAAAAAAUGAGAUUUUUUACUAGCAUAUCUAACCCUCAAUCAACCUCCCCUCCCCCAGUCUCCAGCUUUUUAGAGGUUGGCGAAGAAUCUGAAUUUAUAUAGGUUUUGAACAUUCACUUGAAAAACCCAUGGUAGCUCUGACUGCCAAAACAGUGGUGAGCCCUGGGAAAAAAACAGACUCUGCUUUGAGAGCCCAGGGCCAGAUGGUUUCCGGGAGCCAGUCGUGUCCGAUGCCCAUCCCCACCAACUCAGGAAGUGCCCGUUCCGUGGGCCACCUUUUUGACUUUCCGGCUGGUUGGUAAAGACUUGUGCUCACCCGGUGUCAUUCCCAGCUACUUCUGGGAUCCCUCAACCACAAUUUGGGCUGAAGACAAAUUUUUUUUUCCCUUUGACUUGGAAAAUGGAAUGCCAGCCUCAAAGACCUCAGAAGGACUGGGGGUUGGAAUAGGGAAUCCCUCAUGGGGCUCAGGGAUCAUAUUUAUGGUGCUUUUGUGAAUUCAAGACCUCUUCUGCCUCAUACCUGUCUGUCAGCUACUAGAACAGCCCCCCCCCCCCCGACGCCCAAGAUUCUAGAGCAUCAGUUUGCAAAGGCUGGCCAGCCAGCUGACUUGAACUGUAUUUUUCUCCCCACCCCUGUGACCUGUCAGCUCUGACAAGUCUAACAAUUAUUGAGUACCUUCUUUUUUACAAGGCCCUGUGACUAUUCUGAUGGAUGGAAAUGAUGCAAGAACUUAAUUUAUAUAAGAAGCUGUUGAGAAGCUUAACAAACCUCAGAAUAUUCAGGUUGUGCCUCUCCCCCACCCCGGGGAUAUUGGGGGGAGGAGCAGCUUUUUGGUGGGCCUCCUCCCCCCCCCCCCAGCUGUGCUCCAGAAGCCUCAGAGAAACUGCACAACACGUUACCAUCUGAACAGGCCCUGAUCCCCAGCAGGCACCCUCUUAACAGAGGCUAGGAACACCACAGGGGCUCCCUUCUUCCUUCUGGUCUGAAUUACUCAAUCCCUCUCUGCUUUUAGGGAUCUCAGACAUGUGUGUGUGUGUGUGUGUGUGUGUGUGUGUGUGUGUGUGUGUGUGUGUGCUGGGGGAGGGGGAGCCUGCCCAGGGGUUGGAAUGAAUCAAGGUUGUAUUUUGAAACUUAACUGGAUACUACAAUAUAUCCAGUCUGCCCACCGCAGCCUUUACCCACUCCUGUGCUCUGGGCUCGCUCCCUUCCCUAUCUUUGGCAUAUGAUGUAUAUGGGGCUUUGAAUUGGGGGUGAGGAAGACAGGACAGUAGAGGUGAUUGCUCUGUAUACAGUUGAAGACAUUUCCUGGUUUUGUUUUGAUUUUUUUUUAAACUGCCUUUAUAUGGAACCUGAGGUUGUCAUUUUUCCAGAAUUGUAAGAGAUAGUAAGUAUGUGAUUUCCUUCCCUCAGAGUGGAACGUUUUGUGUAUCCCUUUUUAUAAUUGAGACAUUUAUUGUAGAGAGCCUAAAAAUGGUUUUGAGGUUCUUGUUUUUCCAGAAUUUCAAGAAGCUUUGAGGGAAAUGAUGUCAGGAUUGGGAGUUGGGGUGAGGUGGAGCUUGGGUGUAAAUUUAGGGACAGCAGUAGAGCAAAAUUGCACUAGCAGAUCCAGCUUGGAACAUGGCCAGGGACUUACCAGCCCCGACAGAUUCUGUGUGCUUAGCUCACUGUGGGCAGUGGGGGCAAGGUCAACAAAAGGGGCCCAGAGGGAGAAUCUCUGGUGAAAUGACCACAAUCCAGUGGCUUGUGGGAAGAUCUGAGGACAGUCUUAGAGUAUUUUUUGAUCAACCAUUUUUUAAAAACUUCUUCUGGUCUCCUCUAGGAGACAUGGGGAGGGACACUAGCUUUGAAAGUGAUAGGCUUAUAGUUUCUCCCCUCAGUGGGCCCUCAAGUUUCCCGCUUGAUAAAACUGGGGAUUUGGAGAACGAGUGAGGGGUAUGUUGUGCCCCCUUUCCAGCUCCGAAUGAAAAACUUUAUUAUUUCCUAUGUUUUUCAUAAUUUAGUCUUUUUUUUUUUUUGGUACAGCAUGAUUUCUUAUUAACCUCA